AUGGAGGAUGGCGGGGAGAACGGCGGAGAUUUUGGGCUGGAGGACGUCGGGAGAAGUUCCGGUAAACACAGCCGGAGUAAGGACCGGAACAGGAAGGAGAGGCGGGAAGAAAAGGACCACGGGAGUAGGAGAGAGCGAGAGGAGGAGCCGGAUAGGAAGGAGCGGAGGAAGGUGGACGGUAGGGAGGAGAAGGACAGAGAGCGAGAGAAGGAGGAUUCGGAUAGGAAGGAACGGAGGAAGGGGGAUGAUCGGGAGGAGAAGGACAGGGAGCGGGAGAAGGAGAGGAGCCGGGACAAGACCCGGGAGAAAGGCCACGACAAGGAUGGUAAGCUCGGGGAGGACAGGGAGAAGGAGGGAGAACGGGAGAGAGAGCCGAACAGUGAAAGGGAGCGUAGCUAUGACAGGGAGCACGAGAGGAGCAAGGAAAAGGGGAAGGAUAGGGGCAGAGAGCAGGACAGGGAUAGGGAUGUGGAACGGGACAGAACCUCUGAGAAGUUGGAGCAUGACAGGGGGAAAGAGCGUGAGAGAGCGCAUGACUAUGGAAGGGAUCGAGAGAGAGAGAGGGAUCGCGAGCGGGGAAAGAUGCGGGAGAGGGAUCACGAGACGGAGCGGGGGAGGGAGAAAGAUCUUGAAAGAGGGAAGUACAGGGACAGGGAGAGGGAGGAGCGAGACAGAAACAAGGAGCGGGAGAGGGAGAAGGACAGGAUUAAGGACCGCGAGAGGGACAAGGAGAAAGAGAAGGAGAGAAUCGAUAAGGGAAAAGAGAAAUUGAAGGACAGAGACAAGGAGAAAAGGUUGGAAACAGACCGAGAUAGGUCCAGAACCAGGGACAGAGAAAGAGUAGGGGACGAGGGUGACAGGCUGAAAAUUGAAGGCAAGGAAAGUAGAAAUUCUUUGGAACAGGUUAAAGCCAUUGAAGGUGAGAAUAGAGAUAUUCAUGCAAGAGAUGCAUCCAAGGAUCAUGAACAAAACCUAGCGUUUCAGCAACUGUCCACUUCUGAAAUUGAAGAACGCAUAACAAAGUAAGUAGUCGUAACUUACCUCUGUGCUGCUUUAUAAUUCCAUUGUCAUGCAGCGGCACUGCUUUAUGAGCCGUUUUCUUCCCUUGUUGUCUUGAUAUUUUGAUAUUGUAUUGAUGUCUUUCUCUUGGUAUCUGUACAUUCUUCUUAUGUGUGUCUAUACCGGAGUUUGAUGGUAUUUAUCAAGUUUAUACUACAAGAGUUAUGGUGACAAUACCAUGCCAGAUAAGUUUUGGGUCCUAGCUGUAGGUUUUUCUUUUUCAUUCUGGCAGCCCAUCAACUUGGCUUUCAGCUAAACUGUUUCGUGGAUGUUGUCAGGUUGACAGCCAAAACUUAUUCUGUCUCCAAAAAUGUUUCUGAAGAGACCACUGACCUAUUGCCUUUGAUGGAUACAGCUGACUGGCCCAUUUUGUUGGUAUUUUUAGUUUCGUAGUUCGUUCAUAAAGCCCAUGAAUUAUGCUUGCAUCCACUUACACUACAGAAUAUCAACAAACAUCAAUCAAACAUGUAUCUCCCGUCGCCUAUUUUUUUAAGGGAACCUUUUGGAUUUAUUUCUAAUUCCAGGAUCCUAUAUGUUUCUUCCUACCUUUUGACUGUUCUUGUGGGAUCCAUUAUGGACCCUUGUGAGCAGUUGAGAUUAUUCAGGACGUAUUAUUGAUAAGAUUUUUCGAACUUAGUUGAUCCCUGACUACCGGCUUAUAGCUACUGCUUCUGUCAUUAACAGUGAUGGUGAUAUGGCUUACUAUUUGCUAAAAUAUCAAUGUAAGCCUACUCAGGUUGCUUAUGAUUACAUUGUGGCGCUAGGCCACUCGUUUAAUAUAUUAACGACACUCAGAAUUCGGGUUUUUUAUUGGUUAUAUGCUUCUUGAACUACAAGCUUCCCUGAUUCAGAGGAGGUUGUAUGACGUUCCUCAGUGGAAUGUAUCAUUUUACUAAAUUUUGAUUUUUCAUGAGGUACUUCUGUGUCAUUUGCAGGACUAAUGGCCAUCUGGUACAUUGGAAGGCUGGGUUCCUCAAAAGAGGAUCCACAAAUCUGGUUGUUAUCUUCCUGAAAAUUUGGAUUCUUUCAAUUUUGUAAAGAAUACGGGGUAUGAGUUGUCUAUGAGAAGAUUGAAUUAUUUACUCGGAUUUUUCUGCAUUUUUAUUCAUAUGGGGCGGUGAAGGUGCUGACUGAACCGUGCUCAAGUGACACUCACUUCUCCUCUUGAAACCAAAUGAGACUUUUUUUCGUGUUUUUACUGGCUUAAGACGAGUCGAGACUCAUUCCUUUUGUCUUUCUGACCUGGUGUAGCUUCUGGUCAGCUAAGCAUAGUUGCUAAAGUAUAAGGAUCCCUUGUUUCUUUGGUCGAUUGGCUUCCACUGUGAAGCUUAAAAUCUUGGAUAAUCCAACAAUCUUCUUUAGUAGUUGUCUCUCGUUUUACUGAGAUCUCUAACAAUUCCAAUUUUUUUUUCCAUGUGACAAUGUGGAUUUUCUGGUAUGAUGUGAUUGCUCAUUUUUAACAUUUUUUAGCAUGGGUAAAUACUUUUCCUGAGGGACUAAGUGAUGCCGAGAUCAAAAUUGAAGAUAAAAGUUCCAUGGCGACUAAAUACGUUGUAGUGAGUAGGAAUGACGAAAAAUGAUGAGAAACAAGAGUUAACUUUUAUUGAACUUUUGUCUGGACCUAGAUCUUUUAAAAUUUUUCAUUCAAAUUACUGUCCACCAAGUUUGAUACGCAUUUAUGUGUUUAGGAUCCUACAACGUGCUUUAAGGUAUUGCUUCAAUUGUUUAGUCAGGGUAACAUGUAGCUUGUAAUCAAUCAUCUUACAAUACUUCCAAACCAAGAUGCACAUUCUUUCCAUCUCCUUUGGAAACAGGUAUUUAGCUGUCAUGCUGGAUCCCAUGACAUAAGUUGCUAUUCAUGAACUCAUCAAGAGCUAAAUAGCCUACAGCCUCUUGAAAUUUUAGGUAAAUUUUUAACGUCUAGAAGAUGCAAACGCUGGCUAGAGCCAUCAUCUACAGAUGUGCCUAUUGUCUGCCUCAGACAACACGCAGAUCAUUGUAAUCUCUUUUUAGCUCCUGUUUUCCUUAUGAAUCCUUAGCGAAUUGGAUUCCAUUUCUGGCCUAUAACUUGACAGACUUGUUAGAGAGUAUUCUAAGUGUUUUAGAACUUGCCUGUAUCAUGUCAUAUCAGUAUGGGUAUGGCUGAAAGAAAAUGUAAACCCCAUAUGUGCGUCAUUUAUUGAGGCGUCUACCAUUCAACUAUGAACACUAUUCUUAUUGCAUUACACUAGUAAUAUAUUUUACAGUCUGAAAUUCAUGUUUCUUCUAUUUCCUUAGUGCGUUAAAUUGCUUGUAGAUUACUUUUAGUAGAUACAUAGUCUCCAAAGAAUGGAGAAAGCUGUGAAAGUUGUGGAUCCUUUUAUCAAAGCAGAGUCAAUAGUACAACUAACUUGGAAACCGGUGGAUUCUCUCAUCCUAAUCAUAAGGUCAUUAGACAGGGAUUGGUGGAGAACUAUCAGAAGAAAUCUGGAGAGUAACAAGGGUCGUGGUGUACCUAUAACAUUACUGCAUUCUGUGACAAGGGAGUAUGGUUUCAAAAGUUUAGUGCCACAUACUGUCUGAGUUAUCUGUGGCCGCAAUUUCUUCUGGGGUUACCUAUUGUUAAAAGAUGGAUAUAGUAGCAUUGUUUAUUCCUAGGCUUCGUUGUUUUUUUUUGUCAAGUUGGUAUAUGUUGCGACGAGUUCUAGUCAACAUCCAAUGGGGAUGAAAGGACGUGAGAUCGCAAUUUUUGUGUUUUGGGAUAUUUAAUCUGAAUUGCAUUUGGACAGUGAUAUGUGUAACGCAUGGUGAAUGGAUGCUGUAUGUGACAGUGGAGGGGAGAUUCUGCACAAUGGUUUGCAGUAUCCUUUUGACGGUGAUUUUGAUGUUUCGAGUAUAUUCCAGGACCUUUAAAAUUUCUAGUUUAUUGUUUCUAUCUUCUGGUACAAACCCUCCAUAGAUCUCUUUUGGCUCUGGUAUAUUUGUGUGGAGGGGAUUUGGGGGAUUAUAUGCAUCUAAUUUUAAUACGAAAAAUGCUACCAAUGAGGUGUAGGCUCGCUUCUGUUACAGAAGCUCGUACAGUUUUUUGGAGGACCUAUAUGAUAUGGUCAGUCAUUCAAGGAAAUUGAACAUCUUUUUGUUUUUCCCGAUUUAUUGUCUUGUCUACAGUAAAUGGCUACAAUUUACCCACUCGUUUUAUUUUGCUACCAUCUAAUUUUGGUCGUAUGGCACAUGUUUUCCUUCAAAUUGGUGUUUUUUUUUUUUCGAAAGUUGAUGUGGUGGACUGAAAAUUCAGGCUAAACUCUGCUGAUUUUCUCGUAGUUGGUAAAGGAGAGAAAUUACCUCUUGCUAAUUCUCAAGAUUUUUUUUUAAUUCAUCGUCAACAAGUGACGACAGCUAAUGAAUAUUCAUUCAUUUGGUCAGCCUCAUUCUCAUUACUUUCUGGGUGUUUAUUUCCAAUGUUUAAUUCUGGCAUGCUUUUUGAAAGUGUAUUUCGCAUGGUUGUGGCCUCUAGUUUGGUAUUUUCUGCUACGAGUGCUCUCUCUUGAUUGAAGAAGGUAAAUAACAAAGGAAACUGUUCCCUCUACGUCAUAUAAUGCCAUUCUGAAAAGGAAAUGUUUGCCCUCGCUCUCUGAGGCACCAUACAUAUUCCAGGAGUAGUAGGACAAAAUCCCACUUGUCAGGGUUUAAUCUGUAAAUCCCAAAGAGUGGCUCCACACUUAUAUAAAGAAGAGUGAGGAGGGAAAAGGAUGAGGGUGAUUUUCAGGAGCUUGGGAGAGCAAUUACCCUCUCAAACAUUUACCACACUUGUUCUUGGAUCCUAUCCGGGAUCCGAUUUCUUUUAUUUUCUUGUUUCUUUUGCUUACUGAAAUUCCACCACAUUGACUUGUUCCUCUCUCAGUGAUGGAUUGUUAUGUUACAUCAACGUUUUCCAGUUUUGUUUUUCUACAUUUCUUUCAAUUGAAAAGGCGGUUCGAUGUUCCUUAUCAAGAUGCAUUGCGCCUUAUGGCUUUGGUGUUUGAAUGUCUUUUAUAGGAUGAAGCAGGAGAGAUUGAAGAAAAAGCCCAGUGGUGAAUCUGAGAUCCUUUCUUGGGUCAACAAGAGCAGGAAACUUGAAGAUAAGAGGACUAUUGAGAAGCAGAAAGCUUCUCGACUCAUGAAGGCUCUGGAAGAGCAGGUGAUGAUCGCUAUCAUGAUCUGUCCUCGUUUUUGUUCUCAAAAGAUACCGUGUCCCUUACUUUGGGUACCUUUUUUCUAGGAUAAUAUCAAUGAAGAAAGUGAGGAGGAGGAGGGGGCAGCUGGGCUUGUUGGAAGUAAUACAUUCUCGAAAACUUUGCCUUACAUCCGUUUGAUCUCCUAAUAUUUUCACAUAUAUAUAUAGAUAUACACAUUCAUAGUAUACAUGCUAAAUUCUGUCUAAAGCCAUUGAUUUCUGACAUGCUUAACAUCUCUUUUUGCCUUAAACAGAGCAUCUUGCUGGAGUUAAGAUCCUUCACGGCCUUGAUAAGGUGCUUGAAGGUGGAACUGUGGUUCUUACUCUCAAAGAUCAGAGCAUUCUUGCAAACGGUGAUGUCAACGAAGGUAACUGGACGCUUGAAUUCAUACUGGUCAUGUCUGCUACCUCAAACUUUCCCUCGUCCUUUUUAUAUUAUUUUAUUUUAUUUUUUGACUGUCUGAGCAGACAUUGACAUGCUUGAGAAUGUCGAGAUCGGAGAGCAGAAGCGCCGAAAUGAGGCCUACAAGGCUGCAAAGAAGGGAGCUGGGGUAUACGAUGACAAGUAAGGAAAUUACUAUGAUAAGCUGUGAGUUUUCCUCCCAUGCUUCAUUUGCCUGUGUUCUUAAUUCGACCCCCCCUCUCUCUGCCUUAGGUUCAGCGAAGAGGCACUCUCUGAGAAGAAGAUGCUUCCCCAGUAUGAUGAGCCAAACCAAGACGAGGUCCAUCCUUUCACAGCUUCAUGACUCCCCAGUAUGACGGUUCCAAUACUUUUUCCCUGAUCUGCUUUCCUUUUUUAGGGGGUCACCCUGGAUGAUAGCGGACGCUUCACUGGUGAAGCUGAGAAGAAACUUGAAGAGGUUCAUUAUUCACCACCAUUUUAUUCAUCUCCUCUCCUUGAUUGCUUUUUAUAAGACCUUCUCGUCAUUGGUUUCUUCAGUGAUUGCCUUCUUAUUUUCAAACUAUAUUUUUCACGGACAGCUGCGGAGAAGAAUACAAGGAAACGUCGUGAGCAAGAACUACGAAGAUCUUACCACUUAUGGAAAAACCUCGUCGGAUUAUUUCACCCCCGAGGAAAUGCUUCAGUUCAAGAAACCAAAGAGGAAGAAGUCUCUGAGGAAGAAGGAGAAGCUGGACUUGGACGCUCUUGAAGCUGAUGCCAAGUCUGUCGGCCUGGGGGCCAGUGAUCUGGGCUCCAGGAAGGAUCAGAUCAGGUCAUCCUCGAAACUGGAACAAGAGAGAGCCGAGGCGCAGAUGAGGAGCGAGGCCUAUGAGUCUGCUCUUGCCAGAGCUCAGGAGGCAUCCAUGGCUCUCGCCCGAGCAGAGACUCUCACCAUUGUCAAGGCCGAAGAAGACGAUGGCCCCGUUUUUGGUGAAGAUUAUGAGGAUCUGCAGAGGUCCUUGGAACGGGCGAGAAAACUUGCUCUCAGCCGGCAGGAGGAAGCUGCAGCUUCUGGCCCUCAGGCCAUCGCGCUCGAGGUGAAAUCAAAAACUGUUGAGAUUGAAAAUCGAACAUCCACCGAACCCCAAGAAAAUAAAGUUGUCAUCACCGAGAUGGAGGAGUUUGUACUGGGUCUUCAAUUCAAUGAAGGUAUGCUUCUCUCUCUCUCUCUAUUAUUUUGGUCAUGCUCUCUGUUUCCGUUUCCAAUGCUUCAAUUCAUCAGUGAAUUACUGUUAGUGGAUAAUUGAUAUCAUGGCAUGCCUCUGUCUGUCUGUCUGUCUGUCUGUCUGUCUCUCUAAUAUUUUGGUAAUGCUCUCUUUCUGUUUCCAAAGCUUCAACUUAUCAAUGAAUUACUGUUAAUGGAUGAUUGAUAUCAUGGCAUUCUUCUCUCUCUAUCUCUCUCUCACUAUUAUUUUGGUCAUGCUCUCUUUCUCUGUUUCCAAAGCUUCAAUUUAUCAAUGAAUUACUGUUAAUGGAUGAUUGAUAUCAUGGCAUCCUGUCCAAUUAUUCAGACACCCACAAGCCCGACUCAGAAGACGUCUUCAUGGAUGAAGAACAAGAAGAGAAAGAACUCAAGGACCACGUCGAGGAUGUGGGUGAUGAGGCCAGCGCCUGGUCCGAAUUAAUGGAGACAGAUGUCGCUGAACCGUCCAUUAGCAAAGAAGAAGAGGAUGUCGUCCCCGACGAGGUGAUUCACGAGGUUGUAGUAGGGAAAGGCCUCUCGGGGGCCCUCAAGCUGCUCCAAGACCGAGGAACCCUAAAGGAGACCAUCGACUGGGGCGGCCGAACCAUGGACAAGAAGAAGAGCAAGCUGGUCGGUCUGGUCGACAAUGAUGGCUCUGGCUCAAAGGAGAUCCGCAUCGAGAGGCUCGACGAGUUUGGCAGAAUUGUAAGUCAAUGAUUCCUUUCUCCUAAUAAAAUCCAAAACCCUUCUUGUAGAAUCAUCGUUUUAUUAUUUAUCUGUGGAUUUGCUUUUAUUUAUUUAUUUAUUGCCAGAAUUUUAAGUCAACGAUGCUUUUCUCCUAAGAUAAUCAAUAAUCUUCUCUUCUUCUAAAAUCAUCAUCUUAUUUGUUAUCUCUGCGCUUGUGUUUUAUUUGUUUAUUUAUUUAUUGUCAGAGUAUUAAGUCAACAAUUAUUUUCUCGUAAAAUAAACAAUAAUCCUCUCUUCUUCCAAAAUCAUCAUCUUAUUAUUUAUCUCUGUGGAUGAUUUUAUUUUUUAUUUUUUUUGUCUGAAUUUUGGUUGGUGUGUGAGCUUCCAAACAGAUGACACCAAAGGAGGCCUUCCGGAUGCUCUCACACAAGUUUCACGGCAAGGGGCCCGGCAAGGCAAAGCUGGAGAAGAGGAUGAAGCAGUACCAGGAGGAUCUGAAGCUGAAGCAGAUGAAGGCUUCCGACACUCCCUCCAUGUCGGUGGAGAGGAUGAGGGAGGCCCAAGCUCGCCUCAAGACUCCCUAUCUUGUGCUCAGCGGACACGUCAAACCAGGGUCAACUCUCCCUCUCUCUCUCUCUCUAGUUCUAUCGCUGGGGAUCAUCAUUGGAAACUUAUUUUUCUCCUUCUGAUUCAUGGAAUGCAGGCAAACGAGUGACCCGAGGAGUGGGUUUGCCACAGUGGAGAAGGAUACUCUAGGGAGCUUGACCCCCAUGUUGGGCGACAGGAAGGUCAACGCCCAGCCCACUUGCCCCACCUGUCAACUUUAUUCAUAAAUGUCAAAACCCUGGCCUAGAGAGAAUUGUAGCGUGGCCUUGUUUAAAAUGCUUGCUUCCUUUUGUCAGGUGGAGCAUUUCCUGGGGAUCAAGAGGAAGGACGACUCUGGAGGCAUGGGCCCGCCACCUCCAAAAAAGUCAAAGAGUUGA